AUGUCCAGGGCAGACUUCGAAAAACUUCCAAGUGGGCCUAUUCGCGUACCCAGGACAGACAAAUAUAAAUGGACGACGGCUGCCUCUUCACUGGCCAGAAGUUCUACGCCAAUCAAAAGAUGUCUCUCACCAGCGGGUGUUCAGCCUUUUGGAUGCCGCAGCUCUGGCCUCGACCAUGUCACUGGGCUGGAUAGAGCCCCCGACUUCGCAGCCGUCAGCUUCUACAAGAUCUUCGGCUUUCCUGAUCUGGGAGGGUUGAUCGUGCGCAAGAAAUCUGCACAAGUACUGCUGCAGCGUCCCUACUUUGGUGGCGGCACGGUGGAGAUGGCUACCUGCUCUGACCAACCAUGGCAUUCUCGAAAAGUAGCCAGUAUCCAUGAGGCGCUCGAGGAUGCUGUAUAUCUCCCAGGAACACGUUUCACGUCAUACAACCCGUCUCACUGCACGCCUCUACGAGCUCCCCUCUUCUAUGCACCACCCGAACGACUUGAAAGAAGCAUCAUCGCCUUCAACAUCCGCUCUGAUGAAGGUCGGUGGCUAGGCCUCUCUCAUAUCGAGAAAUCUGCCAAUGAGCACCGCAUCCAUCUUCGCACGGGUACUGUUUGCAACCCGGGUGGACUGGCAAAGAUACUAAACCUGGAACAAUGGGAGCUGUUCCAGAACUAUACGGCUGGUGUUCGAUGCGGAUAUCGCAGCGUGCUCAUUGGAAAUAAGCCUUCGGGUAUAAUCAGAGUCAGUUUGGGCGCAAUGAGUGCCAUAAGCGACGUCGAAAUCUUCGUGGGGUUCGUCCAAGACCUCUCUGCCGCUGGCACUCUUCCUCUGCUGAUAUCCGCGCCUCUUCCCUCACCCCAGAGCCUUAUAGUGCACACUAUGAUGGUUUAA